GCAGCGCCUCUACCUGCGCACUUUUCCUGCCUGCCUGGCCCUCGGGCUCUUUCUCGGGCUCAGCUGGGUCUCCGGCCGCCGUCCCUCGCUCGCCCGCCGUCUGUCCGGGGGUCCAAGGAGGCGCGAUGAGCGGCGCCUGCUCGAGCUACGUGAGCGCGGAGCAGGAGGUAGUGCGCGGUUUCAGCUGCCCGCUGCCUGGGGGCGAAGCGGCUGCUGUCUUCUGCUGUGGCUUCCGCGACCACAAGUACUGCUGCGACGACCCGCACAGCUUCUUCCCCUACGAGCACAACUACAUGUGGUGGCUCAGCAUCGGGGCGCUCGUGGGCCUGUCCGUGGCAGCAGUGGUCCUUCUGGCCUUCCUCAUCACUGCCUGUGUGCUCUGCUACCUGUUCAUCAGCUCGAAGCCUCACACAAAGCUGGACUCCGGCUUAAGCUUACAGACAACAGGCUCCAAGGAGAAGUCACCUGACCACCAAGGUUUGAACACAGCAAUCCCGAUGGAGGUGCCAGGGGUAAGCUCUCCCAGACAGAAUUCAUCCUCAAACACUCGGCUGGAAAGCAAUGAAAGGCAGACCGUGGACCCCAGAUGUUUCCUCCAGAACCAGUUCAUGGCCACAGUGACUGCUAGCAACAUUCCAGGCAUCCCUGAAGAGACCUCGGUCCCUGCCCCUGACCCACAUGGACCUCGGACCCCUGAUCCACAUGGACUGGUCCCAUAA